CACAACACCAAUUACCCAAUUACCCAACAAUUGAACGAGUCGCCCUACACGGUCUCUUGAACAAGUCUACAAUCGUUGAGAGACCGCGCGAAUCCCACCUGAACGGAUUUUAUUCCCGCGACGAAACCGGACGAAACGAAACGAGCUCUGCAUCUCACAUGGCGGGCGAAGACUCUUCGCGGGCGGCGCCUGUGCCGGCUUGGAAGAAGCUGGGGCUGAAGCUUAAGUACGCUAAGGAGUCUGCGGAGGAGACAAACGAGGAGCAGAAGACGGAUGAUGUGAAGCCUAAGAAGAGGAAGCUUGAUGGGGAGGGGGAGACUGGGGAGGGACAGGAUGAGGAGGUGCAUUUGAAGAAGCAGAAGAAGGAUAAGAAGGAGAAGAAGGAGAAGAAGGAGAAGAAAGAGAAGAAAGAUAAGGAGGAGAAGAAGGAGAAGAAGGACAAGACGGAGAAGAAGGAGAAGAAGGAGAAGAAAGAGAAGAAAGAGAAGGAUGAGGAAGACGAGGAGAAGAAGGAGGAGAAGGAGAAGAAGAAGAAGGAGAAGACGGAGAAGAAAGAGAAGAAGGAGAAAAAGGACAAAAAGGACAAGAAGCAGAAGGAUGAGGAGGAAGAGUCUGCGCAGGUAGAGCAACACGCAGACGAGGAUGAUCGCAUGCACGACGCGGACACCGAAGACGACGCCGACGACAAGAAGACCGCACCCGAUACUCCCGCGAAGCAAGACGGAUCUGAGCAGAAGAAAAAGCCCAAGAAGGAGAAGAAGAAGAACAAGGACAAAGCAGGUCUGCCAGGCGCUGCUGGCGCGCCUAAGCCGCAGACGACGCACGAAGGACCCGUCCUCUCCUAUCUCAGUUUCUACUACCGGCACCGAGCGGAGUGGAAGUUCCAAAAGAACCGCGAGACGAACCUCUUCAAGCACGUUCUGGCGCUGGAACACGUGCCCACUGCUUACAACGCUGCGCUGCUCGCAUAUCUUCAGGGGCUGAAGAGCGAGGGGGCGAAGAUGCGUCUGCGCCAGGUUGCUGAGGAUGUCAUCCGGGCGGAGAUGGACAAGGCGCAAGCUUCUUCUGGAGGCGACGCGGACAAUGCCGAGGAGGAUGCGGAUAAGCCUUUGUCGAGCUACGACAAAGCUGUGGCGGCUUUCCGGGCGCGAUUGCUGGAGGGGAAAGAGAACCUGGAUAAGACUGAGUCUCCAGAGCCGCUGGAGGGAGACCUGUUGAAGCAGCUUGAGAAGAGACAGCGGGCAGAACUCAUGGUCUUCGCUUUCGAUGGGAAGCCGUACGAGAAGCCGAAGCCCAAGUUGAAGCAGGCGCAGGAUGCCGCUCAGCCUGGCAAAAAGAAGAAGAAGAACAGGACUGUCAUUGUGGAGAUCUCGAGUAGCAGCGAAAGCGACAGUUCCAGCAGCGACAGCGACAGCGACGACGACAAACCCACCAAGGCCAAGGCUGCAGCCCGGCCAAGAGCAAGAGCAAGAGCAAGUCGCGACAAGCCCCUAGCUCAUCGGAAUCAAGCAGCGACAGUGACUCGGAUAGCUCAAGCUCGAGCGACUCAUCAUAGACUGCGUCCUCUUGAAAGGGUCUACUUUCAUAUACGCCCUUUCUUUCCUUCGACGACUGCGCCCGGUCUCUGUGUAUACAUUUGAAGAACACAGUCGUUAUACUUAACAGGUCCCGG